AAUGCUAAAGCAACAAAACAUUAUGGAUUUACUGCUUUUAUGCCGACGGAACGUUAUGCGGUGGAGUACAAUAUGAAUCAUAGGAACCGCGGUCAGGCUCUCAUUUUCAAUCAUGAACAUUUCGACAUACCAAAUCUGAAAUCUCGUGCUGGCACAAAUGUGGAUUGCGACAAUUUGCGUGAAGCUUUGGAAUAUUUGGAUUUUGAUGUAUUAGUUUAUAAGGACUGCAAACUUAAUAAUAUAUUCCACUACAUUGAUAAAGCUGCCUCAAUGGAUCAUACAGAUAAUGAUUGUAUACUGAUUGCUAUCAUGUCACACGGUGAGAUGGGCUAUAUCUAUGCUAAAGACGCACAGUACAAAUUAGACUCUAUUUCCCAUUACUUUACCGCACAGAAUUGUGCUACUUUGGCUGGUAAACCAAAGAUAUUUUUAAUACAAGCUUGCCAAGGUGAUCGUUUGGAUGCUGGUGUUAUGCUUCGCAAGACUGAAACAGAUAGUGCAUCAGGUGGAAUGGACUAUAAAAUUCCUCUACAUGCCGAUUAUCUAUUUGCCUUCUCAACCAUACCAGGUUUCUAUUCGUGGCGUAAUACCACAAACGGUUCAUGGUUCAUGCAAUCCCUGGUAAAGGAAAUCAAGGAGAAUGGUAAAAAGCUGGACAUGUUAACAUUACUGACAUUCGUAAAUCAGCGUGUGGCUGUUGACUUUGAGUCGUGUGUGCCGGACAGUCCCAUAAUGCACCAACAGAAGCAAAUCCCCUGCGUCACAACCAUGUUAACGCGCAUAUUGCGUUUUUCAGACAAAAAAUAGUUAAAGAGUACUUAACUUAAAUUUUAGUAAUUAAAGCAGUUUAGAUAAAAAAAAAACAAAAAAU